GUACGAUCCUUAUUCGGACUGUCCGCAUGUAUGUAUCAAAACUCCCGGUUUAGUAGUUACUCCAGAGUUCUUGGCCAAUAUAUGAUUUGCAAGUGCUGCCCCUCUGUACAGUUGCCAAACGUGGCACGUACAGCAGAACCACGGCUGCGUGACCGGUGUCAGUGAAGAUAAAGAAUCCUCGGAACCGGAAAGUGAAAGUGUUUCCGAAAAAAAUGGUAUGUACCGCGCAGGCCAUGGUUCGAAGCAAGCAGUGGCUUUGAGGGUCCGUUUAAGCUCCUGGGCAAAUCCGUGCGGAAUUUUAUCCACGCACUAUCACAUCAUGUUCCGCUCGGUUAGUCAGCGUAAACAUCCGGAAGCAUGCGGCGCACAAGUCCUGCACGUCUUUGCAACCGUACAUAUGGAUACGAAAGUUGACUGCUUGUUAACCCCGAUAUCAUACGAACAAAGAUUAAAGCCCACUACGGUUCAAGUAUUAGAUACCUGCAAGAUAUCUCAAUUCAUAGAUACCAGUUGACAAGUCACGAAAAGCCCAGCUGAAAGUUAAAGUUGACAGGAAGUGCAGUUUGUGGUAUGUGUGAGACCUUAUUGUCCGUGACGGCGGCGGCACGUCCGGUUAAUGAAAUAUAGCCCCUUCUGACGUAUGACAAAUACCCGCUGGAAGUUACUAUUCCUUACGUAAGGAGGGUCUCAAGCACUAUUGCUGUAAGCGGCUGGCUUCCACAAGACAGCAGUUCCGUCUGGGCAUCCAGAAUGCAGGAUAACGAUAAUCGGGCUAUCGU